CCAGUACCGAAGGCUCGAAAAAAGUAUAUAACAAGUUGGAAUAUAAUAUAAGUGAGGGAGAAGAAACUUGGGAAAAACUUCAUGGCUUUAUAUCUAUUCAUCUAGGCCAUUUAAUCCACUCAAACCGUAUCUCCCACUUUUGCUGACACAAUAAACUCUCUCUUGCCUCACGGUCUCCAUUCCCAGGGAGGAGAUUAGAGCUGUAAAUUGGAGUUGAUCAUGAUCAAGCGGUCACCAAGUAGAAACCCCAGAUCCAAAGGAAUCAAGGCAAAACAUGUUCUUCAGAUUUGUUUGUUGCUUGGUGUCUGCUUCUGGUUGAUCUACCAAGUCAAGCAUUCCCAUGACAAGAAGAAGGAGCUUCAAGGAAAAGAUGCGAGUUUCUCUCAAAAAACACUAAGCCAUGAUGUGCUUCCGAAACUGGGGAGGAAAGACCCCCAUCCUGGUUUGCAAGACAAAACUAGUGAGAAAAACGAGGAAGAAGAGGAAGAAGACGCUGGAAUGGACGAGGAAGGAAAUAAGAAGGAAGAAAAUAGGCAUGAAAAAGAGGAUGAAGAAGAAGGAGGGCAAGAAGGGGGAGGAACCAAGGAUGAUGAGGUGGAAAGAGAAGAACAUAUGCAUGAAGAGGAAGAAAAAGGAGAAGUAACUGAUCAUUUAGAGAAAGAAAAGGAAGAACAAAUUGAGCAUGAAGAAGAUGAGCGAAAUGAAGAGGCAAACAGUGAAGAAAACAACGAUGAGGGCAGAGAAGUUGGAGAUGAUGAGGUAGAUGAACGUGACCGAGAGAAAAUAGAAGGAGAAGCUGACCCUGAUGGUGAAUUUAUGGAUGAAGAGAAAGAGAGGGAGGAUGAUGAAGGUGAGAAAAAGGAAAGCCAAGGCAAUGAAGGCGGAGGAAAGGAAAUUCAAGGUAAUGAAGAUGAAGACAGGGAAGUUCAAACAGACAAUGAAACUCAAUCAGAAGAUCAGGAUCAUGAUGGAGGUAAGAAUUCCCAUGUGGCCCGAGAGGAACAUUACAUGGCAGACGAUGCUUCCAGUGCAGUGACUCAUGAUACCCAAAUUAUAAGCACUGUACCGGAGAAGGAAGGUCUGGAGAAAUCAAAUGAGAACUUGGCAGCAGCUGAUUUGCAACAAGAGAAGCAUUCCAUUAAUGAUAACCCUUUGGAUGUUAAUGGGGAUAAAAACAACUCAACGUCUCAGCUUGAACAAGCUGAAAAUGGCCAUUCUUUGAAUGCAACAACUGAUGAAAAGAAAAACGAUGAGACCACUCUGGCCAAGUCCGAGGAUGAGUCACCUAACAACACAACAGUGACGGUGCUGUCCAGUGAUCAAUCAGUAUCAAGCAAUAAGUCGACAGAAGUGAGUUCAGAAGCUGGUGAUAAGCAGGUCAGUGAAAACCUUGAAGUUCCCGGUACGUCCCAGCAGAAUGGAAUGUUGAAUGUCUCCGAUUCAACUCAAAUUCGAAAUGCAACAGUUGAUGUUCAUGUUACUGGAGACGUAGCCAACGUACAAACCACUAAAUCGGAACAGGUUAAUGAUGGCAUAAUUUCUGAAGGUAUCCAGUCUGAUUCUAAUUCAAAACUCCUUGGUCAAACUGAGAACGCAAACUCAUUUGGCAACGACUCCUCAAACUCUUCUAGUAAUUCAGAGUCUGGUGGAUCUGAUAAGACCAUUAAGAAGCCUGAAGUAAUAGCUGCAGAAGAUGUCAAUUCUGGGUUUUCUUCUGGAACAAAUGAGACAACAGAAGCCACUCAUGAUGAGAACUCUGACACCAUACAUGAAUCAGGUGGAACAGAUGAAAACACCAUUUCUUCUACCACGAAUGAGACCGGAGAUGCAGUCAUUCAUGACCCUCAUGAUUCUUCAAUUGGCCAAGACGAGAGAGAGGCUCGCAUAGAUCUGGGUACGCUGCCAGAUAUAGGAGGGGUUGACAAUGGAAAUGUUGCAGAAGAGUGAGAUUCCUCUGAAAUGUCCGUGCUUGUGAGUGGUGUAAAGUUUUAGUUACUUUUUCACUCUGUUUUGAUUUUACACGUGGGAGGGCUUUAGGGUGUUUCCAGUUGGCUAUGAAAUAUUUAUCAAUGUUUAGAGAAUACGGCUUCAACUUAGCAGGCACGGUAAGAUACAGACAGGACAUCACGAAUGGGUUUAAUUGUAUAAUUUAUCAAGCUUUUUCUCCUUA